AUGGGAUUCACAUCAUUUUUGUUUUUUCUUCUUAUAUAUUCCCAAUGCUUAGUUGUAAAACUUUCAGAAGGAGAUGUCAAUGAGUUGAAUAAUGUUGAAGCAUUUGUUGGUGACCAAUCAAAAUAUCAUGACAUAAAUGAUAAUGUAAAUUUUGGUGACAAGGAUGCUCAGUCUGUUCGGAAUUCGGAGACACAUAGCACUUCGGUAGACCAGGAGAAUAAUGUGAUGCUCAGCCGCAAAGCUUCUCCUGAGUCACUGGAUUCAUCAGAGAAUCAAGAAUCUCCAGGGGCAGGUCACGCAUCAAGUGAAUCCAUAAUCCCUCCUGGGACAAAUCAGGAAUCAGUUGGACUUGACCACAAAGAUGUUCAGGAGUCUAUUCUAGAAGAACUGCCUUCAUUGGAUUCAGUUGCUGCAGAAGGUAUUAACACACAUGAAAUCCCGACUUUCAAUGAAUUCCAUGCAAUGGUUUCAGAAAGGUCACACUCACGUAAAGGGCAAGAUUGUGACGUUGUCGGAAAUGCUGGUGUGACCGAUUCUGACUAUGAUGUCAAUAUUAAACAAAAAAUUAAGGCUUCACAAAUUCCUCAGGGAUCCGAAAAAAUACUGCAAACACAUAAUGAUGUUAAUCCAUCGGUUAAAUCUUCGAAAAAUCAAAUAAUUCAAGAUGUAUCAGAAAAGAGUGUUUUCACAGAUGAUAGUUCGUUUUCCGAUAAUAUCCAAAAAGAUUCUGUUAGUGAACAGCAUCAGUCUUUGCAAGUGAAUUCUGUUGUGACGUCUAAUUCAGAAACGAAUUCCAAACCAAGUUCUCAUGUUACUUCACAACCUGUAAUUACCACCACCACAACCACCACCGCAGCAACAACAAUAACUAACAAUGAUGCUGUUCAUACACCGAGCAAAAUUGACUUAACUCUUCGGAGAAAUGUCGCUUCUGUAGCAUGUGGUGCAAAGAUGUUAGGAUUCAGUAGAGCGAUAAAAAACCCUGAGGCUGUACUCAAUGAAAACAAUGAUGAAUAUAUGAAUGUUCCGUGUAGCGAAGAAAAAUGGUUAAUUCUAGAAGUAUGCCAACCAGUUCAUCUACGGACUAUAGAGCUGGCAAAUUUUGAACUAUUCUCAUCACGGUUGAAAUCGUUUCGAGUUUAUGCUAACGAUCGAUAUCCAGCAAAGUCCUGGGAAUUGAUUGGUACAUUCACCGCUCGAGAUGUUAAGGGAAUACAGUCUUUCAGUGUUUAUAGUGGAAAAAUGAUCAAAUAUGUUAAAUUCGAAUUGAUUGAACAUUAUGGUUCAGAACAUUAUUGUCCCUUAACUAUGAUUAGAAUAUUCGGUUUGGGUUCCGAUGAUCUAGAUGAUGAUGACGAUGUUGAUGAUGUUGAUGUUAGAUUAAUGAAUGUGCCAGAAUCUACUUCAAAUCAUGGUUCAAUGAUUACUCCGACUAAGGAUAAAAAUCAACAUUCGGAAAACCAAGAAGAUGAUAUUAUUGCUAAAGAUGACAACGCAACAAAUGAGCCUAAAGAUGAUCAAACUUCAUUGAACACUAGUAGUAGUAAUGAUGGUAUGUAUGAUACUAUAGAGAUAACGGAAGUCAACAAUCACCACAUAGUCAAUGUCAGUACAUAUGAUCCCGAACUAAAACCAACUAAUUUAGAUCUGACCAGUGAAGAUUAUCCUUACAAUCAGAAUGACGAUCAUGAUCAUGAAGACGUUGUUAACAAGUUGUCUAAUACUGGUUCUACUAACAGUGAUUCAUCUGUGUAUUCCUCGACUGUAUCCCACACGGAUGAUACCACAUCUGAUCAUCAUCAUCAUCAUAAAUUAUCGAGGGAUCGAAGUAAGAAACAUUCGGGACGAACAACCACUGCAAAAAAUAUCGGAAAUCACAAUGAUAAUUAUAAAAACAAAUUUUGUGGGAAAAUAGAUCCUAUCAAGGUACUUCAUAAGCCAUUUUGUCCAGCUGGAUCAAUAAUGUAUCGUUCUAUAAAUCAUAUCAAUGAUCAUUCUAUAACAACUAAUUGUCAUACUUCUAAGGUUGCAAACAGCGAUUCACCAACUCCACAUAAAUCUGAUUUUUAUCCAACUGUAAAUAUUCGUGCUAAAACAUCAGCUACAAUGAAAUUAUCACCGUCUAUUGUUAAAAUGAAACAAAAUAAUAAAUCAUUACAAAAUAUGAAUACAAUUAAUCUAACAUCACAAUUACAUAAUAAACUAUUUAAUCAAGCUUUUAAUCAAAUGAACUUUUUUACUCGUUUGACAAAUGCUAUAAAACGUACUGUAUUCGGUAUAUUUUUACAGUUUUUCCCAUCAGCUCAAGAUACUACCAAUCUGAUUCUACAUGAUAUUAUUCCAACAUUAGAAAAUUUCCAUACAAUUAAUUAUUUAUUCAAUCCAAUUGGUUUUUCUAAUCCAUUAUGUAAAGAUUCUAUGAUGUAUUUAACAAUGAAUCAAAUUGAAGGUUUAUGGUCUUUACGUAAAUGUCUUAUAUUAUUAGAUUUACAAUAUACUUCUAUAAAUUCUCAUUCAUUUACAUCAUUGAAUUCAAUCAAUCCAAUGAAAAUCAAAGAAUGUUCAUAUGCUAUUCAUCAAUUGAAUUUAACAUGCAUAACAAAUUCACAUUAUUUACAAUUUAAACAAUCAUAUUCUCAAUGGUCAUUAUAUGAAUUAGAUAAAAGUAUUGGACAUUUAUACAUUGCAUAUUAUAUUAUGCAACAUAAUAAAACUUUAAUACAAUCAUCAUCAUCAUUAUCGUCAUCAUCCUCAUCAUUAUCAUCACCAUCAUCAUCAUAUUGUAUUGAAUGUAAAUCAUUCACAUAUUUAUCAUCAUAUGAUAUUAAUUGUUGUUGUGAAUUGUUUAAUUGGAAUUGGAAAAAAUUGAAUAUAUUUCUUUGGAAUAAUACUAUUGAUAACUAUAAGUGUUUCAAAUUGCCAUCAUUUUUAUUAUCAACUAAAUAUUCUGAAUUAUCAACAUCAUCAUUUAAAUCUUCUGUUAUUCCUGAUCUAAUCGAUUCAACAGAUAACAAUAUAAAUGAAAAAAUGUUCAUUGAAAAUUAUCCUCAUUCAGCUGAUAUGAUUAUUCAAAGUCGAAAUAGUAAAUCAUCUAAAAGUUUAAAAUCAUCAUCAUCAUCAUCCACAUCAUCAAUUAAAUCGCAUAAAAUUAAUCGUCCACAUUCACAUAAUGAAGGAUUAGUUGUACCAGCUGCUUUAGGUGGAUCACAUAGAUCAACAGCAUAUAUGCGUCUUAAUAAUCGUGUACGUAUUAUUGAACGUAAUGUCUCUGUCAGUAUGAGGUACUUAGAAGAACUUAGUCAAAGUUAUCGUCGUCAAAUGGAACGUUUAGCACGUUCAUUUAAUCUUACUUAUGCUUGGUUAAAAGUAACAGCUCAUACUGCUGAAGAACGUGAUCGUCAACAACAACAUCGUAUUUCACAAUUAGAAUUACAAUUGAAUGAUUUAACUGCACGUAUAAAAUCUCGAUUAUUGAAUUCAUUACCUCCUUCUUCGUCAUCUGGUCAACCGGAUUUAACAUUAACAUCUUCUCCUCUAUCUUCCAACACUUCCAGUUCAUCAUCUUCAUCAGAAUCCGUAGUCACAACACCAGCCAAUACUGGAGGGACUGUAUCAAGUUCAUCUACUUCAAAAUCAUCAAAUUUAGUCACAUCACUUACUUCUCCACCACCAUUGCCUGACUUUGAAAGUUCUCUAGAUUGGAAUCCAUGGCUUAAAUCUCAACAUGAUGAUUGGUAUAUGAUGGUUGAUGGUGAUAUGGUUGUAGGUAAUAAUAAUGAUGAUGUUGAUGAUGCGGAAUUUGAAUCAGAUGAUAGUUAUCAAACAAAUGAUGAUGUUUAUCUAUCAAGAUUAGAUGUUACUACUGCCACAUUGUCGAAAAAUUAUAAAGAAAAAUUUAAACAAACUACAACUGGCACUACAAACUCUAAAAGUCAUCAUAUUAACAGUGAUAGUGGUGGUAGUAGUGACAACAACCUUCUCAGCCCCAGCAGUAGUAGUGUCAGUAAUAAUCCAAAUGAAUACAAUGUAAAAUCUUUAUUCAAUUCAUAUUUAUCUAGGAGAGAUUAUAAAGAUCAACAUUAUCAUAUGGAAUCAUCAUCAUCAUUGUUCUCAGAAUGGAAACAGUUCGUACUUGGUUUGUUAUGGUUACAGUUCAGUUGGCCUGUAUGGUUAUAUAAUUUUGGAGUAUUUAUUCAUGAUUUCUGUCAAAUGAAUACAAUGAUUUUAAACAUGUUCAGUUUGAUAUUUCUUCAUAUAAUAUUAGCAUCCAUUGUUCAUUUGAUCAUUUAUUGGAUUUGGCUUAGACCUAAAAAUCAUACGAUCAGUAAAUUUGAUACCGAAUUAUUAUUAUUAUCUAAUGUAUAUCAAGUAUUAUAUUGUAAAAAAAAUCCUCAAAAUUCUAAUAGUUGUAUUGUAUAUUUGAAUCCAAUGAAUUCUACACAACAUAUAACACAUUUACUUCCUUCAAUCAAUAUUAAUACAACUACUAUCAAUGAUAUUAAUAAUAAUAAUAAUCCUCACAUUCCUGAUAAUGUUGGUAGUGAACACCAUGAUCAUGAAUAUGACAGGAACCAGUCUUUUGACAAAGCAUCUAGCAUUAUUCUUACCAAUACUAUGACUACUACUCAUGAUAAUAGUCAUAAUAAUAAUAAUAAUAAUAAUAAUAAUAAUAAUAAUAAUAAUAAUAAUACUCACAUUACUGAUAAUGUUGAUGGUGAAGAUCACGAUCAUGAAUAUGACAGGAGACAGUCUUUUGAUAAAAUAUCUAGCAUUAUUCUUACCAAUACUAUGACUACUACUAAUGUUAAUGAUAGUAAUAAUAAUAAUAAUAAUGACAAUAUUUCAGUACCCAAAUCUUUUACUUGUUGUCAAAUGAAUGAAUUAUUUCAUACAAAUAAACCAACUAUUGAAAUGACUUAUAAUCAUCAAUUAAUUAAAACUGAUUUUAUUAAUGAGAAUCAUUAUUCAUUAAAAGAAAUUAAUCAAAAUUCUAUUCUUACUAAUGUAUAUAAUCAAUGUAUUCAUAAUAUCAAUUCAUGUUGUUUAAUGAAAGAAAUACAACUUCAUAGAAUUGAGGGUGAUGGCAUCUCUUCUCGUGUAGUUAAAUGUGAUCCUCAACUUAAACACUUUCCAUCAUUAUUACAGCUGCCUACAAUUUCCUCUUCAUCAGACAAUAGUCAAUUCAAUAAGGACGAAUUGAAGUGUGGAGAGAAUGAUUGUCCACAAUCAUCUAUUUGUCAAUUGAAUGGAUGCUUGGCACAGGAAUUGAAUAAAUCAUCAAAUAGAUCAUCUCCUGAUCAUCAUAGUAAUAAUAAUGAUCUAGAGCACCAUCUAUGUACAUCAACUCAUCUCGUAACAAACUCCAAUUCAUCAUCAACAACAUUCAUCAAAAAAAUUUCAAAAUCAAUAAACAAUAAUCAUAAAAGAAAACACAGAAGAAAACGUGAAUUUGACAAUAAUGGAUUUAUGUAA